AUGGGGUUCACAGUGCCAAGAGCCCUUCUUCUGCUGCUGGCAGCCACCCUGUCCCCAACUCUGGCCCUCUCGAGCUCACACUCCCUGCAGUAUUUCUCCACCGUCUUCUACAAUCCUGGCUAUGGCGAACCUCGGGUCAGGGUCGUCGGCUACGUGGACAACACACAGAUCUUGAGCUUUGACAGCGACAAUGAGAGUCAGCGAGUGGAGCCGCGGGUGCCAUUUAUGGCGCAGGAUCCUGAGCAUUUGGAUGAACUGACGCGUCUCGGCAGGCGCAUCUUAAUAAUUGGCCGAAUCGAACUGAGGACCCUGUUCAACUACCGUAGCAAGAGAGAGAAUGGGUCUCACACUAUCCAGAAGAUUUGCGGCUGCGACGUUGGGCCAGACCACCGCCUACUCCGUGGGUAUGAGCAGAUCGCUUAUGAUACCCAGGAUUACAUCUCUCUGACUGAGGACCUGCGCUCCUGGAUCGCAGCGGAUACCCAGGAGGCUCAGAGCACCAGGCGCAAGUGGGAGGCAGCUGGGUUUGCAAGGCUUUUUAAAUCUUUCUUGGAAGGAGAGUGUGUGACGUGGCUUCUCAAAUACCUGGAUAAAGGGAAGGAGAUUCUGCAACGUGCAGAUCCUCCAAAAACAAAUGUGACUCAUCACCCCAGACCUGAAGGAGGCGCCACCCUGAAGUGCCGGGCCCUGGGCUUCUAUCCUGCAGACAUCACCCUGACCUGGUAGAGGGAUGAGGAGGACCUGACCCAGGACAUGGAUCUUAUUGAGACCAGACCUGCAGGGGAUGGAACCUUCCAGAAGUGGGCAGCUGUGGUGGUGCCCUCAGGAGAGGAGCAGAGAUACACAUGCCAUGUGCUGCAUGAGGGGCUGCCUGAGCCCCUCAUCCUGAAAUGGGAGCCUCCUCCGUCUCCCACCACCCCCAUCAUGGGAAUCGUUGCUGGGCUGAUUCUCCUUGGAGUGUUGGUCACUGGAGCUGUGGCUGCCAUUGUGAUGAGGAAGAGUACAGCAGCACCAACAAAUAAACCUUAUCCACAAUGCACCUACUACAAAAUCAUUCUCAAACAGUUAUUCCCCAGGAUCCAGAUCUCCAUUAAUCCAGUCCUGGUGACAAAUGCCUGUAGUACUGGCAGCCAGGAGGCCGAGGCACAAAGACUGAAGAUUCCAGGUUGUUCACCUUCCACUAAGAUUGCUACAGCCAAGAAGCUAAAACUGCUGGGUGAUGCUGGCACAGGCCUUUAA